AUGGCGUAUAAUAAGAAUGCGCGUGCUGCUGCGCAGAUGCUGGCGAACCGUCGCUGUCGAGCUCCCACCACAAGAGCAUCGACAUCGAGUACGACCAACACUACGCUCAACAUGUCUUCUCAAACCUCGAGGCGGGGAUUGAGCUCUGGGCAUUCGAGAGCAAAUCUUUGGAAUAUAGGUAUAGGAUUCAAAUUCGCGCCGGAGACCGAGGCUUCGUCUCUGUACCCCACGCUGGACUUUAAGCGCUUCUUUCAGUCACAAGAAGCUGCUGUCGCAAGCGAUCAUGGCUCAUCUCAUGUCGGACAACCAUUACAGCCUCCCACGGCCCCAACGACAGCAGACGCAGGGCAGUGCCUCGGGUAUCAGCCAGUGCUAUCAGCAGCGGCAGCAACUAUAACUAUUGCGCAAAAGAAGGCGACUGGAGCUUCCAUGGCCCACAGACGGCCUACUGUAGCUCAAUCCAGCAUACCGGCCAAAGAAUCACACUCACCUAUUGAGCCGCCUCUUACAUCACUCGACUUCAACAUCCCCAAAGAUCUCUUUGAAGCUGCUCUUGGGCAACCCAAAGACAGUCCCGGCUCUUUCUGGUCUCACACAAUGUACAAGAGCACCGCCACGGACGGCACCACUCAAAACGUCAAGGUGCACUACUGCACCAGCAAGCAAACCAUGGAGCACGUCUGCCAAAAAUAUUUCCUCAACCAGCCCGUUCUCGGCUUCGAUCUCGAGUGGGUGGCGUACGCCAAACGCCAAGACGGGCCGCGGGAGAAUGUGUCUCUCAUCCAGAUGGCCAGCCCCGGCCGCAUCGGCCUCUUCCACGUCGCCAUGUUCCCCAAGGACGACUUUGUCGCGCCCACCUUUCGCGCCAUCAUGGAGGACUCCGCGGUGGAAAAGGUCGGCGUGCACAUACAGGCAGACUGCACGCGGCUGCGCAACUUUCUCGGCGUCAAGACGAGGGGCAUCUUUGAGCUGAGCCACCUGUACAAGUUGCUCAAGCAUGUCGACGACGAGCAGCGGCGGAAGCUCAUCAACAAGGUGCCGGUGGCGCUGGCGACGCAGGUGCAAGAGGUGCUGAAGCUGCCGCUCUUCAAGGGCCAGUCAGUGCGAAGCAGCAACUGGUCCAAGCCGCUCACCUCAAAGCAGUUGACGUACUCUGCCGCCGACGCCUACGCAGGCCUCCAGCUAUAUCAUGUCCUGGAAGAAAGACGGCUCGCCAUGGUUCCUCCGCCCGACCGGCCGCGCCAUGCCGAGCUCGGACUUCCUAUUCCGAUACCCCCUACGCCAGUGGUCUCUGAUGUAGAGUCCGAUCUUGAUUCGGAUCUCGAGUCUGUUGAGUACGCUAGCUCGGAGCUCAGCGACGGCUCAAUAGAGGAAGCGAUGCAAGAGCUGGCACUUGGCGAGGCUUCCACAAUUGUAGCUCAACCCCGUGUCACCACGGCCGAUAAGCAGGCAGCCAGGCGUGACGCCCGGAUUGAAGCUGCCGAGGUCAGGAUCGCCCAACGACGCGCUUCUCGCCCCGGCGGUCGCUUGCUCGCGGCCCCUUCGUCGCUGCGGGCAUUUUUUGUAUGGCAAGCAAACGAGGACAUGACGCCAGCUGAUGUGGCUUGUCUCCUCCGCGAUCCACCGCUGCAGACCGGCACAGUCAUUGGGUAUAUCCUUGACGCCAUCCGAGCGGAGAAGCUGGCAUUUCGAAAAGAGCGAUUGCGUACUGAGGUUCUAUCGCUCUUGCACCCUGCACUCGCCAACGGAAAAUACCGUGCCAUUGUGAAGCAGUGUGAGCAGACGGAGACGUGA